AUGCUGGUGCCUAGUGUUUUGUUGCCGCUCUUCUCUGUGAAAACAGAAGCCUGGGUCCGCAUGCAGUGUUAGCUUUUGUGCAUUCUUCUUUCCCAUUUGGUUUGACACUUCCUUUGCUUUCUCUUCCUAGACACCCCGUGAAGUGGCCCAGCAGGCGGUAGAUGCGGAUGUGCAUUGCGUGGGGCACUGCGUGCACCUUGGCUGCUGGCCACAAAACGGCUUGUCCCUUAGCCGCCCAGACCUUCUCCUCAUGUGUGGAGGCGUCAUCCCUCCCCAGGUACUGUGCACCACCUAGUGCUAAUCCAAAGAUGGCUUGUUGUGAGAAGAUUAAAUUGUUCCCAGUGAGGUGGGGUCUCCAUCUACUUUUUCCUCCUCCUCCUCCAGGCAAAUGAACACCAUUGAAAGGCUUUUAAAAUAGCAUCUAGCUUUUGAAAUGUGGAAAUCCUUCAGCAAAUUUUGGAAAGCAUUGUAGUUUCUAGGCUUAGGGUUCAAAGAACAACGCAGUUGAGAAGCAGCCUCCCAAAAGCUUUCGAAAACUGUCAAUAGAAUCAAAUAAUUUAAAAGUCACUUUUUAAAUUUAAAAAUAUUCGUAAACAUUUUAAGAAAUGAAGAAAAAAGGGACCAGUUUCCUUUACUGAAAUAGAAAAUAUAUAAUUUUUUUUCCUUCCAGAAUUUGCUUUUUUUCCGGGGAGUGGGGGUGGGGUGGGGUUAUAAACAAGAAUAAUGUUAUACAAAUGAGUAUACUGUACCAAGUAGUCUUAUGUCAUUUGUAUAUCACAAAAAUAGCAUAAUAAAUGUGGAAAUAUAUCUACAACAUAUUUUUCAUUAUUAGUGGUCAAUGUAGAAGUUCUUGGUUCAUGAAUUGGUUUAAAUAGUUAGGAAGAAGAAGGGAAGAAAGGGCUGGAGGGGGGAAUGGCGAGUGGAGUGGGGUAGAAUUUGCUUUUCUGUUUUGAAUCUCUUGACCUUGGUAUAAUUGUUGCACCUGGCAAAAGAUUCGUAUAGAGCCACAAGUCUCUGGUUGUCUUGGAGCAGAGGUGAAAAUGUUCACCACUUUUGAUGAUUUCAUUCUUUAUGUUACAUAGGAUAACACCUAGAGCAGAGAUUGCUUGAACCUGUAGUCACUGGGACUUUGCACACAUGGCGGGGUUUGCGUAGGCGAGAGCAUCACUGUUUCCCCCCAUAGCUAGCAUACCAAGUUAUUUCCCCUUCUCCAUGUGUGCUACCUCCUGACCUGCCAUCGCUAAACUCUGCUCUUUUAGCAUGUGUUCUGCAGAAUUUUACUUUACAAAGUCUGCAUGCAUGUUUUAUGUCUGUUUUUCUCCUGCGCAGGAUUAUGACUUCUUGUAUGCCUCUGGUGUUUCCAAAAUAUUUGGCCCUGGAACCUGA